AUGGCCUCCGCCAGGCUAUCGCCAACGGCGAACUUGCUGCGAAAUUCGCGUUUGUUCGCACUCCCUAAAACUCUCAAGGGCCGUAAUGACCUAACGUCGAGAGAAUCCGACACCGCAACUCUGCCUCACCCCAUUCGAGCCUCCAUCGUUACACCACAAUCAUCACUAGCUCGAGGCGAUUGGGGAUUGAAACGACCUUUACCGGCUAAGUCAACAUCGGAGAAAUCAUCGAGACCUGUCGUCAGGGUGCACGCCCUCGAUACCUAUGAACAUGUCACCGACUUCGAAUCCGCCGCAGAUCACACUGUGACCCUCGAGAAGUUCCAGGAACUACACAUGCCUAUGUCUCUCCCCUCCAAAGUCAAUUACGCUACAAGUGUUGUGCCAAGGCAUCAAAGUCCGUUCGAAACGCAUCUCGAUAACACCGAGACCAGCCAGGGUCUCCAGGAACCUGGUGCCAAACAAUUCAGACACAACGGUCCUUGGCUUGCUGGGCAGACGGAGGCAGAGUUUGCGGCAUACUUGAAGCAAGUGACUCGCAAUAAGCCUGAGCUCCUGCAGAAGCUUCGUGAACAGUUUGUCGCUAAGCGGUCUGCUGAGAUCCGGAAACUGGCACAGGAUAAUGGAGAGGACUUGGACACCCAUCCCGUAACUGUCACCGAUGCGGAGUUCAAUGCCUACAUUAAGGCUCUGCGCAAUGACCCAUUCGCUCUCGGUCCUGUGGUAUUUGAUCUACUUGACCUCGCUUCCCCCCCGGCGGUUCCUAGCGAGCGUAUCGGACGCAAAUACUAUCAAGCCCCUGGAAGCAAGUUGUCCUCAUUCGAAUACGCCGUCUCAGGACCCCCCAAGACACACCCGUCUGGCGGUCUGUCCUACACGCGAUCACACGCCCUGAUUCACAACCAUGCCCAGUUUGGCCCACAAGCCCACCAGCGCCCUGUGGAGGCUCGCAUCUUGCGCCCCAAGGGCCGCUUUAAGGGACGCAUGGCACGUGCCCUCGCAGGUAUCGGUGGUAUUGCCGUUGAAGAUUUGAAUGCUAUGACCUUUGUGGAGCAAGGCACACCCCCCGGUCUGACUUUCUUCGAUGCAUCCAUCCCUGGUGGAGGUAAAUACUGGGUCACACCGAUCCGGGCUUCGAUUGACUCCGACGGCCGUAUUGGCCUUUCAUCUUAUCGCGCGAGUGCAACCGCCAAGGCUCCUUACGGAAUCGAAGACUACCACAAGCCGACCACCUUGACCAUUUCCGAUGUUGCCAAUACCCCAUCCCCGAUCGUCCCAAGAUUGGACAGGCAGCCAUUCGGCCAGCCUCGGUUCCAGCCUUCCGGGGAGAACCGGACCCGGAGGCAACCCACGAGGGGGACAGAGGACGUUGCACGCAGCCUUCUCAAUAACCUCAACUCUAGGUCGUAG